UAUACAUAUAUUUACCGUUUAACUAUACAAGUUGUGUGAAUAUAUCCUUUAAUCUUCAUCGCUCCAUUUGAGACGACCCCUUGCGCAGGAAUUACAAACUAUUUCUCCCUCUCUAAACCUCUUCUCAAUGACGUCAUGGACGUAAGAAGAAAAUAAUUCCCGUUAAUGAUCCCCGUAAUUCACGCAGCUACGAGAAAGCGAGGGGUAAAUAAACAUACGUGAAGGUAUUCGUCAGUCGUCAUUGACUGGCGCGCACCGCUGCGCAUCAGUAUUCAGUAUUCACGUUUUGUCACCGCAGGCGAUAUUGACAAUGCGUGUGGCUACAUAUACACGUAUGUAACUCGUGCAGUUACUCCGGACAUUGUUACGCGAGAUUAUGGGCAGAAUAACGCGGAGCUCGACCGACCAGGAGAAGCCGCAGCGGAAACGACGGAAGAAGGACCUCGAUCGGAUACACUCAAAGAUCCUGCAGGCCAAGCGGAAGUUGGAUAAGAUUGGAAGGAGGAAAGAACAGAAAAGGCAAGGUCGAGCAAAAAUCUGCAAUAGACUUUUGCCAGAACCCGCUGCUGGCAUAUACAGAAAUGGCGCAAAGGGUAAAGACAUCCAGAAAGCAGAGACAUUGGAAAAUACAUACCAUAAAGCCCGGCUAAAGGCAGAUGCGUUGAAACUUCUCAAUGGCGACACUUAUAAAUCUGAACGUAUAGUGGAGAUAUCAAUACAGAAUGAAACUAUUAAACAAUCAACAAAUAAAGAUUGCAUACAAAACAAUUUUGAAUCAAACAAACUGUGUACUCAAGAGCUAAGUCCUGUUCUAGGAAACAGACAAAGUCAAAAUCAGAAGCCAUGUCUUGCUAAAAAGAAAGGUGAAGAAAACAUCUUUGAAAACACAAAUUUCAGCAAAACUAAAAAACAAAAUAUCAAUGACAAAUCAAGACAUAUUCAAAAAGAAGACAUAUGUAAACGAAGAUUAUUCCAAAAUGAUAAAGAGCCAUCAGAAACUAUUAUUACUAAUUCAACAGAAAUAUUUGAUGAUACUGAUCUUACAAAAGAAAAUAAAACUAGUGACAAAAAAACAGAGUUGAUAGGUUCAAAAAACAACAAAGAUUUAUUAUGUGACCCAUUAAGUCGCUAUAUGGAAUUCUGCAAAAUCUCUGCCAAAAAUUUUGAAGCAGAUAUUCUACAAAAUUAUUCCUCAGAUCCUGUUACAUCAACAAUUAAAAAAUUAAAACAUGCUUAUGCUGAUUCUUUUCGUCAACAACUUUUGCGCAAAAAGAAGAAACAAGAAUUAGAAAAUACAAACCCUACACAUUCUGUGGAACAUCAAGCUUAUGUAUCUUCGGACACUUCGCAAUUAUCACCUGUUGAAUUCGAAGUUCCUAAGUGUAGCAAAAACCGUGCUAUCGCAGCUCAUUUCCAAGAAAGUGUAUCUCACAAAGAUAACAAAUUCCAUUUACAAAAUACUAAGCUUAAAAAACGUGAUGGCACAAUGGGUUAUAAUUUUACAUCUUGCUUAUUACGAAAUACUGUUACAUCUAACAGUAACAUAAAUAACCUCGUUGUCGAAAAUUGCAAAAACGGCGAUAAUAAGUAUUCAAAACAAUCUAAAGACAUCUGUCAACUUGCGAAAUCAACAAAUCUUUUUGUUGUAAAUGAAAAAGAUUUAGAUCAAAUGGAUUCUCAGAAAAAUCCUAACUACGUUAAUCAUCUUUUAAAAAAUAAACGGCAUGACAAAGUUAAUUUUUCUUUUGAUAUUCCUGAUCAUAAAAAUUCACGAUAUGUUGAUAAUAAUUCAAAAUUCUUAGAAAAGUCAAUAUUUUUAAGUGAUCCUGUACUAUCAGAGAGACAUUUUUCGAAUGAUUAUUGCCAUGAAAAAUUGCCUAUUACUAUUUCCGACAAUUGUGCACUAAACAAUAUAUCUAAAAAAUAUAAUAACAAAAUAGCAAAUAACUGUGAGGUGAAGAAUGUCAAACGAGUACCUGCUAUCCUACGUCGAUGUGUCGACAUUUCCAUUAAUAAGCCUAAUCAUUCUGUACAGAUUAAUGGUGAUGUGGAAGGCUUACAUAAGAAAUAUGAAACUAACCUAUUUAAUAGAAGUAAUGGUAUUAAAAAGGAAUUAUGUGAAACUGCAUUCCCAAAUUCAUACACAAAUUUUCCUACUCCUACCAUAGUAAACGCGAUAGUUGAUCAAACGAAAAUAUUAGAGCCUCAAAUUGGAUCGAUGAAAAUAAAAGAUUCGCAAGAAUCUCAAAUCGAACAAAUUAAUUCAAAUAUGCAUCCAAAGGAAUAUAACGAAAGAAAUGAAUUUCAUCGAUACCGUAACUUUUUAUAUCCGCGACCUUUUGAAGUUUCAUGUAAUACAAAUACUGAAAAAUUGCUUCAACAAGAACAAAUAUCACCAGAUAUAAGAAAAUCUUUUUAUCGUUCAAAUAAUUAUCACCCGAUUAAUCACCUUCAAAGCGUAAGUUUAUCUAAUUCCAAUGUAGAGUCAACAAAACAGUUUUCUCAAACUAAAUUACAUGUGUGUGAAGCCAACAAGCAAGAACUUUAUAGAAAAAAUAUUUGUGAUCAAAAUCAAAAUAUUCUUUUUAAUAAUGUUAACGACAGAGCAAUACCGCCAAUAUUAAACAUCACCCAAAAUGUUCAAGCCGAAAAAAGAUCUGCGGAAUCAUGUCAGGAAAAUCGAUUUGGUAAAACAGACGUAAAAUGUACCAAGAACCAAAUUAAUGAAAAUGCGUGUCAUUGCAACGAACAGUAUAUUUAUUUCGAUUCUGCCAAUUGUCCACGUAAAUAUAAGGAACAAGCACAUCGUUGUCACAAAGAAACUGCUCAGCCUGAAAGUUUAUGCGAUACAAGAGGUUAUAAUAACAGCGUAGAUAAUUGCAUUAAUUUGUCUAGUUUUACGCAAAAUGUACCAUUGUUAACCUUGAGGCAAAACGAUGGUCUAUACAUGUAUCCGAAAGCGAUCGACGAUCAGCAUCGCGCAGUGUUAUUGCAAAAUGUUACUCAACCUGUAAAAUACUUAGCUGUCGAAAAUGGUUCGAAUAUCCAAAAAAUUCCUGUGUAUAUAAAUGACAGAAGUGUUAAGGUUGCGGAAAAUGCCCCGUUGAAAGUAAUAGCUGUAAUGGAUCCAAGUAUCCAAACAAAAACAUUUCCACAAGAAAUUGCGACGAAGGUAGUAUCAUUACAAACAGAUAAUUUGCACUUUAAUAAUUUUGCAACACGUAAGAUAAGCGAUCAAUCUUACGUAAAGCAUUUAGAUUCUGUGAACGCGAUAUUGUUAAAUCCAGAUUCGCAAUCUAAUAUGUGGUAUGCUCCGAAUUUGUAAUGUAUACAUGAUUACAAGUAUACCGUAGUAUACACCAACAUAAUUGAUCGUAGCGACACAGCACAUCGAUCAUAUUUCUUGCGAGAAAUAUUGUAAUUGCAAGAAAUGCGUGUGCUUUCCCUUCCCAUACAUAUAAACAUUUGUUAUUAAGAUCAAAGUUAUAAGUCUGCCUUGAAAGGCAAAAUUAUGUCUACUUAUUUUAUAGACUAAAUAUUUUGUGGAAAGAUAGGAACCUCUUGGAAAGAGGUAUGUUUCGCGAAUAAGAGGUAUAUAUAUUUUCAUAAAUGCUUUAUGAUACUUGUUAAUAAUUAAUACACACUACAUAAUAUA